AUGGACAAGUGGCCUUACGACGUCAAACUUCGAAAUGUGGAGGGCUACGAGCGUUGGGCAACAAGAGCUCGGCAGUACUUUCAACGACUCGAUAUAUGGAAAUUCAUUGAUCCGGAAGGCCAACCAUACCCUGUCGAGCCCUCACGGCCAAUUGCUCAACUGAUGCCAACCGAACAGGAACUGGAGAAAGCACGACGAGAUCCAGAUCCCAAGGGAUUGGCGAUGUUAGAACGUAACAAACAUGUUAUCGAGCAGCAAGAGGCCGAGUAUCUGGCGCACGCAGAAAAGCUAGAGGCGGGCUACCAGUACCUGGAGCGUACCGUCCGAGUUGGUAACAGGACCAUCAUCAAAAAAAGUCGGUCUCUGCGGGCGAAUUUCUUAGCGCUCCGGAAUGCCUACGAGCCAGAUUACCCAACUCGCCGCAUGCUAUAUGAUCGAGAACUGGAGGAGCUUCGAGAGGGUCCAAGCAGGUAUGGCAACUGGAGCGAUGAGUAUCGAGAGUGGGCCUUGUCAUGGAUAGACCUAGAAUUUCGGAUGAGGAAACAUGGCAUCGCAGGCUGUUGGGAUAUGCACCAGGAGUUCUUCGAGGCCAUGGAUCAAUUCGACAGGGGUAUGAGCACGGUGCUGUGGAAUGCCGCCUUUACAGGAAAAGGCGGAAAUCCGCAGCCAUUCGAAGAAACGGUGGAGCAUUCCCUGGAUAUCGUCGAGCAUCGCAGCAGUGGAGCACCGGGGAUUGCGAUCUAG